CACAUUUCAGGAAACCGGCUUGGCUCCUCCCCUCUGAGGGGCUGGUACUGGCAGUUUCCAGUUUCCAUUCUGUGAGGAGGAGAGAGGCUGGGGAUACACAGAGGAGCAGCUCACACAGGUGCGGCAAGUAAAGAUGGCAGAAGCUCACCAGGCCGUCGCAUUCCAGUUCACAGUAACGCCCGACGGAAUCGAUUUAAGGUUAAGCCACGAAGCUCUGAGACAGAUCUAUCUCUCCGGCCUCCACUCCUGGAAGAAGAAGUUCAUUAGGUUUAAGAAUGGAAUCCUUACCGGUGUGUUCCCAUCAAGCCCCUCAAGUUGGCUAAUCGUAGUCGUCGGUGUAACGUCAGCAUCCAUGUACACCAAAGUGGAUCCAUCGUUUGGAGUAAUUGAUAGAAUUAACAAUGCGCUCAGUGCCACAGGAUAUAUGACGAGGCAGACGCAGAACCUUGUAAGCGGAGUGCUUUUUGGCACUGGCUUGUGGGUGGCACUCAUGGCAACCAUGCGCUACUCUCUGAAGAAGCUUCUUUCUUACCAUGGAUGGAUGUUUGAAGAACAUGGAAAACUAUCUGCUUCUACAAGGAUUUGGAUGGGAAUGGUAAAGCUUCUCUCAGGACGGAAGCCGAUGUUGUACAGUUUUCAGAGAAGUCUUCCUCGCCUCCCAGUGCCGCCUGUUAAGGACACAGUUAAAAGGUUUCUGGAGUCAGCUAAGCCAUUCAUGGACAAGGAACAGUUUGAGCGAAUGGAGGGUCUCGCCAAAGAUUUUGCCAACAACCUGGGACCAAGGCUCCAGUGGUACUUGAAUUUGAAAUCUUGGUGGGCCACCAACUAUGUGAGUGACUGGUGGGAAGAAUACAUCUACCUCAGGGGACGAGGGCCGAUUAUGGUGAACAGUAACUAUUUUGCAAUGGAUUUCUUAUACGUGUUGCCGACUCAUAUACAAGCAGCCAGAGCCGGCAACGCUAUUCACGCCAUUCUACUCUACCGGAGAAAACUGGACAGGGAGGAGAUAAAACCGCUUAUGGUUAGUAAAACCAUUCCAAUGUGUUCCGCACAAUACGAACGCAUGUUCAAUACUAGCCGUAUACCAGGCAUUGAGACAGACACAAUCCAGCAUGUAAAGGACAGCAAACACAUUGUUGUCUACCACAAAGGGCGUUACUUCAAAGUGUGGCUGUACCACGACGGAAGGUUACUCAAGCCCAGAGACAUUGAGCAUCAGAUGCAAAGAAUUAUUGACGACACAUCCAGUCCGCAGCCUGGGGAGGAGAAACUGGCGGCUCUAACUGCCGGGGACAGGGUGCCCUGGGCUUUAGCUCGUAAAUCUCACUUUGCGAAUGGGAAGAACAAGCAGUCGCUGGAUGCCGUUGAGAAAGCAGCUUUCUUUGUCACCUUGGACGAGACAGAACAAGGAUAUCGAGAAGAUGAUCCGGUCAAUUCUCUGGACAGUUAUGCCAAAUCUCUCCUUCAUGGGAAAUGCUAUGACAGGUGGUUUGACAAAACAAUGAGCUUCGUUGUGUUCAAGAACGGAAAGAUGGGAAUGAACUGUGAACAUUCCUGGGCUGAUGCCCCUAUCGUCGGGCACCUCUGGGAGUAUGUCAUGGCCACCGAUAAAAUAGAAAUGGGGUACAAUGAAGACGGACAUUGUAAAGGAGAUGUGAAUGGCAGCGUCCCUGCUCCGAGCAGACUGCAGUGGGACAUCACAGACCAGUGCCAAAACGUGAUCGAAGAUUCCCUGGCAGUUGCCAAAGCCCUUGCCGACGACGUCGAUUUCCACUCGUUCCCCUUUGAUACUUUUGGCAAAGGUCUGAUGAAGAAAAGCAGGACAAGCCCAGAUGCCUUUGUGCAGUUAUCUCUCCAGCUCGCUCAUUAUAGAGACAAAAGAAAGUUCUGUUUGACCUACGAAGCCUCCAUGACCAGACUCUUUAGAGAAGGCAGAACAGAGACCGUCCGCUCCUGCACCAAUGAAUCCUGCGACUUUGUUCUGGCAAUGUCAGACCCAACGCAAACAAAUGAAAAAAGACUGCAGUUAUUCAAGGAGGCAGCAGAGAAACAUCAGCAAAUGUACCGUCUGGCCAUGACAGGCUCCGGCAUCGAUCGGCAUCUCUUCUGUCUUUAUGUGGUGUCCAAAUACCUAGGGGUAGAUUCUCCUUUCCUUAAGGAGGUCCUGUCCGAGCCAUGGAGACUCUCAACAAGUCAGACGCCCCAACAGCAGGUGCACCUUUUCCAGCUGGAGAAAUUCCCAGAAAAUGUAUCAAGUGGCGGUGGAUUUGGACCAGUGGCGGAUGACGGUUACGGAGUGUCUUAUAUUAUUGUUGGUGAAAACCUCAUUAACUUCCACAUAUCCAGCAAAUUCUCCAGCCCUGAGACUGAUUCUCACCGCUUUGGGAAAAAUAUCAGAGAAGCAAUGAUUGACAUCAUCGGUCUGUUUAACAUCAGCACAAACAACUGCCAUAACGGCAAGAAAUAAAGCAAGUUGCUCCGGAACAUCAUGGAAACCUUGUUGUUGUACCACAAUAUAUUCUGCUACUGUACAGACACACACACUCAGACACACAGACAGACACACACACAGACACACACACCAAGAGUCAUUCCUAAUAGAAACUACAAAAUCCGGCUUUGUACCCUCUGAUUUCCUUAAGGGCAGAGACACGCUCCCCAAACUACCAUACCGCCGGCUAGAAUAUAAAUCGCCGGCGGGAUGGCACUUGGAACGUUUUGUUUUCCAAAGUCGCCUCACGAGCGGAGUGCCAUCCCGCCGGCAGUUUAGAUACCCGACGGAGCCAGUGCGGGGAGAUUAGUCAACCGAAGAAGAGGCGUUUUGUCAUCGGGCGACUAAAUCUCCCCGAAUCUUAGCGUGUGCAUUUACCCUUAGG